GAAAUCUUCUCAUUAUCAAUCGCAUUUGAGGUUAGUUUGACUUAACCUCAAAAUAUUCGUUUUAAUUCUCAUAAAACGAAGCAUUUAUAUUAAGUGAUUAAAAUUUAUCUCUAUUAUUAUUAUCACUUCUUUUCAUAGCGGAUAAAAUGGGGUCCGAAUCUGAAUUUGGCCCCAAAAAGCACCCCGUUUGUUUAAUUACUCUCGGAAUGGCUGGAUCUGGGAAAACCUCCUUAGUUCAAAGGCUAAGUAAUUCCCAAAAGAAGCCUUACAUCGUAAAUUUAGACCCAGCUUGUUUACAAGUUCCCUAUUUUGCUAAUAUCGAUAUAAGAGACACAGUUAAAUACAAAGAAGUGAUGAAACAAUAUAAAUUAGGCCCAAAUGGAGCUAUAGUGACCUCGCUUAAUUUAUUUUCAACGAAAUUUCCUGAUGUUAUCAAAUUUAUUGAGAAAACCGAACACGAAUUAUGCGUUUUAGACACUCCAGGCCAAAUCGAAGUCUUUACUUGGUCCGUAUCGGGUACAAUUAUAACAGAAACUUUAGCAUCGAGUUUUCCAACGGUCAUUUUAUAUGUAAUUGACACUGUAAGAAGCACAAACCCUGUUACAUUUAUGUCAAACAUGCUUUAUGCUUGUUCAAUUCUUUAUAAAUCUCGUUUACCAUUCAUUGUUGUUAUGAAUAAAACAGAUGUGGUUAAUCAUAAUUAUGCUAAAGACUGGAUGAAUGAUUUUGAGUCAUUUCAAGAAGCUUUAGAAGCCGAUGAGAACUAUAUCAGCAAUUUAACUCGAUCCAUGGCGUUAACUUUGGAUGAAUUCUACCAAAAUUUAAGAGUUUGUGGGGUUUCUGCAGCAACUGGAGAAGGUAUUGAUGAGCUGUAUCGAUUAAUCGAAGAAGCUAGGUUAGAAUAUGAAAGUGAUUAUAGAGUGGAAUGGGAGAGAAUAAAAAAAGAAAGUGAGAAGAAAAAAUCUGCAGUUAAAGAAAAUGUUGAGGAAGGGACAUCUUCAUUAUUAACUGAUGAACCAUUAGGUAGAGAGAGAUCAGAGGUGUCUAUAAGACCCUCUGGGAAUGGGGAAGAGAGCAGUGAAGACUCAGAAGGGGAAGAAAUCCAUCCCUUUGAGAUGGAGGAGGAGGCUGAAAACUUUAGGAAGGUGCUUGAAAAGCAACGAGAGAUGCAGAUUAAAAGGGCUAAAGAAGCUGAAACUAAAAAGAAAGGGGGUUAAA